AUGACGAACAAUAACCCGUCAAGUCCCGACCGAACAAACCCCGCAGGUGGGAGUAACGGCAACGAAUGCAAGCCAUCCCCUCGCACCGAGUCCGCCGGAAAGGUCGCAACGGACCAGACUGGCCGUGACAAGGAGAAUACCUCUAUCGACGAGUCGGGUGUCACACCGAGCGAAGUCAAUUUCGAAGAAAUCUUCGCACGCGUUGAGAAGGAGAAUAAAGAGAUGACCAAGGAGCAGCUCGAGGCCAAGUACCCUUGGAUGAAACAAUCACCACCGAGGACAGUCAACUCCAAUGUGGCAAUGGCUGUAGUGGAUGAACUAUUUGAUGGCUCGGACCGCGAGAAUGACUGA